GGGCCGAGCACGGGGUGUUCCCGACGCAACGCGUCGCAGCUGUCGGAAGUACAGAGCGCUUGUGUUGUUGUGCUCGGCUUGUGUCAUGUACAGCGGUCUGUGAGGUUGCUGUGAGAUGAGCGGUGAGAUCGUCUCGUGACAUCCGCGCGCAUUAUGGCAGCUCCAUCGAGUCAAAACGAUGAUCCUGCCGAACCGGACCAGUCCCUGCAGCACAUGCUGAAGGCCAUCGCGGACGAGCGGAACCGCCUGACCGUCAGACAGGACCUUAGCGGACUGGGGUGCUUCAAGGAUGACCGCAUAGUGUUCUGGACAUGGAUGUUCUCCACAUACUUCAUGGAGAAAUGGGCACCACGUCAGGAUGAUAUGCUCUUCUAUGUGCGUCGCAAGCUCUCCUACGUCAGUACAGAUAACACAGAAGGGAAGAAGGUGGAGGUCGAGGUUUACAGAAGAGACUCUAAAAAGCUGCCUGGACUCGGUGAUCCUGACAUCGACUGGGAGGAGAGCGUCUAUCUCAAUCUCAUCCUGCAGAAACUGGACUAUGUGGUCACAUGUGCAGUUUGCACACGCUCAGAUGCAGGAGACAUCCACAUCCACAAGAAGAAAUCACAGCAAGUGUUUGCCUCUCCAAGCAAACAUCCAAUGGACAGCAAAGGGGAGGAGUCAAAAAUGAGCUACCCCAACAUCUUCUUCAUGAUUGACAACUUUGAGGAGGUGUUCAACGAGAUGACUGUUGGAGAAGGUGAGAUGGUAUGUGUGGAGUUGGUGGCCAGUGACAAAAGCAACACAUUCCAGGGUGUCAUCUUUCAGGGCUCCAUCCGCUACGAGGCUCUCAAGAAGGUCUAUGAUAACCGGGUAAGUGUGGCUGCUAAGAUGGCCCAGCGGAUGUCAUUCGGUUUCUACAAGUACAACAACAUGGAGUUUGUGCGGAUGAAGGGUCCUCAGGGGAAAGGUCAUGCUGAGAUGGCUGUGAGUCGAGUGCCCACUGGAGACACCUCACCCUGCGGCACUGAAGAGGACCAAGACUCCCCUCUUCACGAGAGGGUGACAUCAUUCAGCACUCCCCCGACCCCGGAGAAAAACAGACCCUCCUUCUUCUCACCGUCACUCCGACGGAAAGUGCCCCGAAACCGAAACGCUGAGAUGAAGAAAUCGCACUCGGCAAACGACAGUGAGGAGUUUUUUAGAGAAGAGGAUGAUGAAGACAUGUGCAACGCCACAAACUUGCGCUCCCGCUCUCUGUCAGGAACGGGCCGCUCGCUGGUGGGUUCUUGGCUCAAGCUGAACAGAAAAGAGGAGUAUUUUUUGUUGUAUUCUCAUCUCACCUACGUGACUCUUCCUUUGCAUCGCAUUACCACAGAUAUUCUGGAGGUGAGACAAAAGCCCAUUUUGAUGACAUAGCAUUUACUGACUCCCCAAAAACCACAUUACUAAGUGCCUCCUCACAUCAGGCCUCCGAGGAACAGCUGUGUGGCGUACGGACAGAUAAC